CUGGACGACUGAGGGGAGGAGUGGAGAGCGAGAGAAAGAGGAGGGAAAAGCUCUGCUGUAGUUGCUGUCUGAAUACGCUCUCUCUACCAAGCUGCAGUGCCUCUCUCUCUCUCUGUUGCAGGACCGACUGGUGGAAACUGAAAGCUAAACAGAUGUUAAAAGUUUCGUUUCUAGUCCAAUCUGAUUCCCCUCUGUAUUUCCCCUCCCUCCAUCUCUCUCCCUCUGGAUGUGUGCAGAGUGGUUAAGUGCUUUAUUGUGGAUGAGUGUGAAUAUAUGCUGAGGUAAUAAGAUAAGAUAAAGACAGAACUUGAAGAGAGCACAAGAGUGGGAAUUAUAUUGUCUCCAGGCAUGAACUCUCUACCGCCUUAUUCAGGAGCCAGAAUAUCUGGCUGUUGGACUCUAAGAUCUGAUGGCAGCGGAGGUGGUGAUGGAUCGCUGGACCGCCUCCUCCCCUCAGUGAGCACAGGCCUGACCCCUCGGAAAAGAACCACUAGCCAGUGCAAGUCUGAGCCUCCUCUCCUACGCACCUCCAAACGAACCAUCUAUACUGCUGGACGCCCGCCCUGGUACAACGAACAUGGAACACAGUCCAAAGAGGCCUUCGUCAUCGGUCUGUGCGGCGGCAGCGCUUCAGGAAAGACAACAGUAUCCAGGAAGAUCAUCGAGGCUCUAGAUGUGCCUUGGCUUGUGCUACUUUCAAUGGACUCUUUUUACAAGGUCUUGUCCCCAGACAAUCAGAUUCUGGCUGCCAAUAACGACUAUAACUUUGACCACCCUGAUGCCUUUGACUUUGGUUUGCUGACACACACCCUGCGCAAACUCAAACAAGGCAAGAGUGUGAAAAUCCCGGUGUAUGACUUUACAACCCAUGGGAGACAGAAGGAGUGGAAAACUGUGUACGGAGCCAGUGUUAUCAUCUUCGAGGGAAUCAUGGCCUUUGCGGAUAAAGAGCUCUUACAGUUACUGGACAUGAAGAUUUUUGUGGACACGGAUUCUGACAUUUGCUUGGUGCGCCGGUUGAGGAGGGACAUUACAGAGAGGGGACGAGGCAUCGAGGGCGUCAUCAAACAAUACAACAAGUUUGUGAAGCCAGCGUUUGAGCAGUACAUUGAGCCCACCAUGCGCCUGGCUGAUAUCGUGGUGCCACGUGGUGGUGGCAACAUGGUGGCCAUUGAUUUGAUCGUGCAGCAUGUACACAGUCAGCUGGAGGAGAGGAAACUUCGCUGGGAUAUGGCAGCCCUGGCAUCUGCACACCAGGCACAACCCCUCCCCCAGACCCUCAGCGUCCUGGAGAGCACACCCCAGGUCAGGGGUAUGCACACUAUCAUCAGAAAUAAAGAAACCAGCCGCGAUGAGUUCAUCUUCUACUCCAAGAGGCUGAUGCGACUGUUGAUCGAGCGAGCGCUCUCCUUCCUCCCCUCACAGGUCCACCUAGUCCAGACCCCCCAAGGAGAGGAUUAUGAAGGCAGGACUUUUCAUGGGAAGAGGAUCACAGGCGUGUCCAUCCUGCGAGCCGGAGAGACCAUGGAGCCGGCACUGAGGGCUGUCUGCAAAGACGUCCGCAUCGGCAAGAUCCUCAUUCAGACCAACCAGGACACAGGAGAACCAGAGCUUCACUACCUGCGUCUACCCAAAGACAUCAGUGAGGACCAUGUGAUUCUGAUGGACUGCACUGUGUCCACUGGAGCCGCUGCCCUGAUGGCUGUACGCGUCCUGCUGGAUCACGAUGUUCAGGAGGAGAAAAUCCUGCUGGUGUCUUUGCUAAUGGCGGAAAUGGGAGUCCAUUCAGUGGCCUACGCGUUUCCACAGGUCAAAAUCAUCACAACAGCCGUCGACAAGAAGGUCAACGACCUCUUCCACAUCAUCCCUGGCAUAGGAAACUUUGGGGAUCGAUACUUUGGAACGGAUGCACCUCCUGACUGGAGCGAUGAAGAGAUGGACGAGCCCAGUUACUAAUGGUGUUAUUGAGUGUGCACUGACUGUGUGGAGAGGACAGUACGAGGAUAUGCUCUUUGUUUCGGUCAGGUCAUGACAUAUUGUACAGUUUGUCUUCUAAGAGCCACACAAGAGCCCUGAGAUACAGUGAACAGGACAAACCUUGCUGCUGUCACCUUGUUAAGACUUGAGAUUAUAUUAUUUAAUCUUAUGUAAAUACUGUUCCGGAAGGUGGUGUUAUGAAGUUAAAUAUUUUUAUAUGUUGAGUAAGUUAUAAAGUCCAAAUGUUUUAUUUCGUUUUUUGAAUUUUAACAAUCUCUGUCAGGAAAUUUGCGGACCCGUUGUUUUAAGCAGAUAUAUCUUGCCUAAAGCUGUGUGCUGUGGACGACACAACUGAAUGUAAAUUUGCUCCCGCUGUACAAGAGGGAAAAAAAAAAAGCUUUCAAGCUCAUUUUAUCACACAGCUUCCGUACAACUUUCACAAAAGUCAAAUCAGAACAUGAACUCAUGUUGCUCAACUUCCAGUGCCACGAGCACUUUCUGAAGGACCAUUCAAUCGGAAAAUGUGUAAGUGUAUCUGUCUUUUUUUUUUUAGUUCAGCGUUUCCCCUCUCUGUGGAUGCUGACCUCACCAGUUAAAAAGGGUGUUGAAAACCGUUUUUCAUUAUACAGCUAAAAGUAUGCACUUGUGAUGUGUAUUUAUUCAGUAUGGCCUUCAUUUACAUAUUUUUGCUAUGGAUAGACCUGACCAGGGAAAAUGGAAGUCAUACCUUUUUUUACUGCUAUGAAAAUGGGUCAUCUGCAUUUUUUUUUAAACACACAGAGAUUAAGUGUUUAUUUCUGUCCCACGCAUCCUGAUUUAUGCCUCUUUUUUCCUGCUUUAGAGGGAAUUGUGUUAUUUUGGUGAAAAACAGAAAGGGCUGUUAGGGAGUGAACUCAGAACAUGUCAGAAAGGGUUCAGCUAGUGCCUGAUCAUUUCACGUGGAAUCAGUAUUGAAACAAAUGAGAUGUGUUUGUUAAAAUGUGCCUGUUUAACGUGGCCUUGCCCUUAAAAGGAUCAGUUCAACAGUUCUCCACAAUGUCACAUGUUGUUCUGAACGAAUGAAGUGACAUUGCAUGAAAAGUGCAUUGUAGCGACUGAGUUACAUUAAUAGUGACGCUCUCUUCUACAAGUUCACAACUCAUUAUCUAUGCACCACAUUUCUUUUUAUUCACAUGCAUAACUGCAAGAGGAGAAACAUAAACAUGACUUGUGUUAAAAAUGUAUCUCCGUGCAUCCUGUCACAUUAGCUACUAGUUGCUACUGUGUGGUCAUCAUUAUCUCAGCAUUUAGUCAACUGCUGAGGUCAACAGUUAGCGAUUCGCUCGGUACUGAAAAUGCAGUGAUUGUGUUUGCAGCCUCAGUGUUUGACCGCCUGCUGUUUCCUGCUGUUAUUGGUCUUUAAUUCUUCAGAUGCAUGUUUGUUGUUAUUUUAAUAAAAGUGCAAUGCAGCUUUUAGAUUUCUUCCAGUGCAUCUUUUCAUUUAGGUCAUAUGCACAUUUUAUGAUCAAACAGCUCUCCCAACAAUUCAUUUUAAAUUAUUCUUCAGCCAGCGUUAGUACAAAAGUCAUGUAAAUGAUUCACUAUGUUAAUUAGGUACACCUGUAAUGCAGUUUUAUACAGCAGUCCGGCCCAAUCAAUCCUGUUUGUUGAUUGGUUGGUGUGUCCGUUUUCGAGCAGGAUUAUGAAAAAACUGUUGCACAGAUAACCACGGAACUUGGUGGUGGGAUGUGUAAUAGGUCAGGGAAGAAGCCAGAAAAUACUGUUGGGUAUCUAGAUCAGGGGGUGGAUCAAGGAUUUAUUUUUCACUCUCUUGAACACUGUAAGAUGUGUGAUGGUUGUGUUUUAAUGAUUUCUCAGAUAAUUAUGUGUUGAUGAAAUUAAGAACUUCAGACAAAUUACUGGAAUUUGUAUGAAGACCCAAAUAAAAAUCUGGAUUUUGCAGGUUUAAA